AAGAAGAAUUAGAUUUAGGGGAUUUUACUUAUCUUCGAAGGUUAAGUGGGAUAGUCAGGUUCAUUUAUUAUGGUGUAAAAGAUGAAACUAAACUAACUUUUAAAAAUAAACCAGAAAAGGCUGAGAUUAUUAAACUAGUUCAGGCUCAGAAAUAUAUUAAUCAGCAAUAUCCUAGUAAGGAAGAAAGAGAAAAAGAAACAAGAUUGUAUAUUAGAGAAAAAAACCUCCAAGGCUACCUUGACCUCUCUGAGUUUAUUAAUUUAAAAGUAUUAGGUUGCUCUGGUAAUCAACUCACCUCCCUCAAUCUAACCAAUUGUUCCCAGUUAGAGGAAAUUAAUUGUUCUAAUAAUCAACUAACCAAUAUCAUUUUACCUCCUAAUCCCACUAAUUUAAAAGAAUUAAGAUUAUAUAAUAAUAACUUCAUCUCCAAUUUAUCUUUUUUAACUCCUGCUAUUAAUUUAGAAUAUCUUAAUUUAGCCGAUAAUAAAUUCAUUGGUUCCUUAGAUUAUUUAAGUGAGAUGAGGCAAUUAAAAAGUCUUAAUAUUAGUGAUACUGAUAUAAAUGAAGUAAAUAUCGAGCAAUUACCCAGGAUUAAUUUGAAACUGAUAGUUAAAGAAAAAGAGUUUGUUCAACAACAACCACAGAUGGAAUUACUAAUUCCUCAUGAACAAUUCACCAAUAUCCAAUAUCUAGCCGAAGUUGUUUUAAAAGUUUUAAACAAUUCUCAAAACAUUACUACUGAUUUUUUACAAGAAAUUGCUUACCCCACAACUAAAAAAUACUUGAUGGUCAUGGAUUAUGUUCCCAAUGGUGAUUUAAGACAAUACUGGAAAAAUAAUUGUUUACCAUUAAAAAGUAAAUUAAGUCAGUUAUUAACUAUUGCCGAGGGAUUAAAAAGCAUUCACGAAAAAGAGUUAGUCCACCGAGAUUUGCAUCCUGGCAAUAUUUUAAAUAGAGAACUUUCUGGCAUUGGUAGUGGUAAUGUUUUGUGCUACAUUACUGAUUUAGGAUUAAGUAGAUUGGUUAAUGAAAUAGAACAGGAAGGAAAAAUCUAUGGACAAAUGACUUAUAUUUCCCCCGAAGUAUUGUUAGAGCAGCCUUAUACCAAAGCAAGUGAUAUCUAUUCUUUCGGCAUAAUUGCCUACGAACUCUUGGCUAAUUCCUAUCCUUAUCCUGAAACAAAUGAUUUAGAAUUAUCUUUAAAGGUUUGUCAAGGAUACAGACCUGAUAUAGAUAAAGUUCUCAUACCCCAAUUACUCAAAGAUUUAAUUAAAAAAAAGGAAAUCAAAGACAGAAAAAAUGCUAAAUUCCACCAACAAUACCAAACCAUAGAAAAAGAAUACAACACUUUCUCCCAAAAACCUUACCAAAUCCAUCCUAAUGCUACUCUAACUAGCAAAAUGAUAGAUACUAAGGAAAUCACUACUAGAUUACAAAGUCUAAAAAUAGGUUCUAAACAAAUAGAUUUUGAUAUUCCUGAGGAGGAUGAACAACAACCCCAAAUAGAAAUCCCUCCCAAAAAUAACUAA